CCAAACACUCGCCUCUUAUCUCUCUCUCCUCUUCAAGAAGACCAAACACCACCCAUAUCUACUCUAACCAUGAAGUUCUCAGCUACCAUCGUUGUCCUCGUUGCCUUGUUGGCCGUCUCUUCCGCCCACAAGACUAAGAGCAGCAGCUCCAGCACCGCAACUGGGUCGGUCAUCACCAUUGACCCCAUCUCAACCGUUUCCUCUGGCAGUGGCUCGCCUACCACCACCGUCGAGACCGCGACCUCGACCGCGACCAUCACUGUCCCAAUCGUCACGAGCAUCACCAUCGGUGUCCCCACCAUCGUUACGACCACCAUCGCUACGACCACCACCGGACCUCAGCCCACAAGCACUCCCUCGAGCGGAAACGCCCUUGGCGGUCCCGCUAAGGCUUUGAUGGCCCUCGGAGGUGGAGUUGUCGUCCUUGCUCAGUUCAUGUAAAGCAAGAGAACGCGCUUUAUCCCUCCUUCAUCAAUAUAUAUAAUAGUACAUAUCUCCCUCACCCUUCUCUGAACUCCUUUUGUAAAGUAAAGUUACAUGGCCACGAACACUAGCCUGGCUAUCUUUCAUAUAUGUAUAUCUCUACACAAAAAACAUUCCUUUGAGUGAUUGUUUGUAUCCAAACCCAUAAUUUCAGG